CCCCUACAGCCAAGUAGUUUGGUACAGCCGACAUGCGCGCGAAACUAAAGUUUUGUAACAGCAAUGGCGUCUAAAGCAGGUCGCCGAGGGACGAAGCGCAAAGCCGAGGUCCAGGUUGAGGAGGAGGAGGAGGAGGAGGAGGAGGAGAAAGACAGAGGAGAGGGGGAGGACGACCAGGAGGGCCAGAGGGUGGUCAUUGAACACUGUAAGAGCUGACGAGUGUAUGGGCGUAAUGCUGAGGAGGUGAAAUCCGCCCUCCUGGCUGCCCACCCUGGACUGACUGUGGUCCUCAACCCUGAGAAACCCCGCAGGAACAGCUUUGAGAUUACUCUGCUGGACGGAGGCAAAGAAACGUCUCUGUGGACUGGAAUAAAGAAGGGUCCGCCUCGUAAGCUGAAGUUUCCUCAACCCGAUGUUGUAGUUGCUGCUCUAAAGGAGGCUCUAAAGGCUGAGUAGAGACCUCGUGAAGCCAACAGUUCGGGAGAUGUGGCUCAAGGAAGCAGAAUGAUGAGGAGUGACCAAUGGGAAGUUCUCAGUCUCUUCUCUGAUGAUCCAAGCUUCAGUAGCUCAUGUCUUCUGGAUACAUGGUGACACCUAGUGGAGCAUCUCUGCACCAAUACAUUUCACAACUUCUGCUGUUUUCUUAGUGUUUCUCCAUUCCUCAACGGUUUAUUGUGCUUUUAUAUGUCUUUAUGGUAAAUAAAAUGCUUCUUGUUUCUUA